ACUGCGCCUCGCAUAAUGGUUAACACCACUGUAACGUAUUUUAUCGUCGCGGCCACCGUGGCCGCACACUACGGUGCAUCCGCGGCUCGUAUACUCGGAGUGUUCCUACAUCAAGGAUACAGUCAUCAUAUGGUGUUCUUACCUUACUUGAGGACACUGGCGGACCGCGGACACGACGUGCACGUGAUCAGCAAUUUCGAUUCUUCACACCCGAACAUUACCGACAUCAGCGUCAUGGGAUCCAUGCCCAUGCCCAACAACAAUGUCACAUUCCCGGGCACUGCAGGGCAGUUUGGCAUCGUUGACUCUUUGAUGGCCAUGUUCCAACUGUACGAAAUGGCCGAGGCCACGGAGGGCGUGUUCAAAGUGCCGGCUGUCCAGCGUUUGCUCAACGAUCGGACCACGUCAUUCGACCUGGUCAUCGCAGAGCACUUUAACAGCGAGCUUCCGCUUGGUUUUGCUGCAAAGUACCGCGUGCCAUUUAUUUUACUCAGCAGCUGUACACCAUUUCCGUGGACCACGUCCUUGGUCGGCCAACCGUAUAGUCCUGCGUACAUACCAGUACUAAUGACCACGUACGGACCGCAUAUGAAUUUCGCGGAGCGGAUUUAUAACACACUGUUGCGAUCCAUAGCUUUUUAUAAAUACUAUACGAGAUCGACCAUAUCCUCUCAGAAAAUCGCCUCAAAACGUUAUAAAGAUUCAUCCCACUUAGAUCAGUUAGUGUUGAAGACUAGUUUGUUGUUUGUAAACACAUACCAUACAUUAUGGGGCAGUAGGCCACUACCACAAAACGUUAUCGAAGUAGGAGGUCUGCACGUAAAACCAUUAAAUCCUCUGGAUGAGGACAUCCAGAAAUAUAUUGACGAAGCUGAGAACGGAGUAAUUUAUUUCUGCAUGGGCAGUUUAUUACGAGGUGAAACUUUUUCGGCUGAAAAAAGACAAAUGUUCUUAAAUGUUUUCAAUAAAAUUCCACAACGAAUUCUGUGGAAAUGGGAAGGAGAACUACCAGGAAAACCGCCCAAUGUAAUGAUUCGUAAAUGGAUGCCUCAACGAGAUAUAUUAGCCCAUCCUAAUGUUAAGCUAUUUAUAUCUCAUGGUGGCCUAUUAGGAACUACCGAAGCUGUGUAUGAAGGUGUUCCAAUUUUAUCAAUGCCAAUUUUUGGUGAUCAAAUGACAAACAUCAAAGCUGUUGUAAGCAAAGGAGCUGCAGAGAUGAUGAACUACGGAGAUCUGAAUGAAGAUGAAAUUUUUAUAAAAAUAACUUCUAUGCUCACAAAUCCUAAAUAUAGACAAAAGGCUAAAGAGUUAUCAGAAGCUUUUCGUGAUCGACCUAUGUCUCCUUUGGAAACUGCAGUGUAUUGGACAGAGUAUGUCAUCCGAUACAAAGGGGCACCCCAUCUUCGAUCGGUCGCCGUCGGUAUGCCAUGGUAUCAAUACUAUUUAAUCGAUGUAUUGGUUGUAAUAAUUUUAUCUAUAACAACAAUUUUUGUACUACUUUAUUACUUAAUUUUCAAAGUUAUUUUAAGAUUUUUAAAUAAAAAAUCUAAAGAGAAAAAAACUUAAUCAUAAUGUGAAUUCAGAUUAUAUACUAAAUAAAAAAUACUAAGAUAGUGAUUACUCUACUUAUUAAAGUCUUMUUCAUACAUACCUAUGUGUU